GAAACAGAGGAAGAGGGAGAGAGAAGCAGAGAAGAAAAGGCACAAAACUUGUGAUUUGACAAAGAGGGCAGGUACCAGAGGCAGGACGAUGAAGGCCGGCGUGGGACUCUUCUCUGCAUUGGCUCUGUUCCUCCUGAUGGGGGCAGUGUUAACCCAGAAACCUCGGCCAAAGAAGCCCACCAGGCGCCCAACCACCAGGAGGCCUUCUGUCCCCCAGCCUGCUGAACCAGCGCAGCCAGAGCCCAUGGAGCCUACUGAUUUCCCCCCUGUCAUCCUGGGCCCACCCUCCAUGUACACCGACUGCCCCAGAGAAUGCUCAUGCACCCCGAGCUAUCCUAAUGCUCUCAACUGUGAGAACCGCAACAUCCGCACGAUCCCUGUCAUCCCAUCUAGAACCCACUAUCUGUACCUGCAGAACAACUACAUCUCAGAAGUGACAGCAGAAUCGUUCAUCAACGCCUCGGAUAUCCGCUGGAUCAACCUGGCGAAUAACCGCAUUCAUCGAAUAGACAAAAAUGUGUUUCAGAAGGUCCCAGCACUGCUCUACCUCUAUGCACAGCGUAACAACCUGAAAGAGGUCCCUGCUGGUCUCCCUGCAAGCCUCGAACAACUCCGGCUCGGUAGGAAUCGUAUUUCUAAGAUCCCUGCAGGCUCUUUCAGCCGCAUGGGAAACCUGACUCUGCUUGACCUGUACCACAACCAGCUGAGUGACAGUGAUAUGGGAAAGACUACAUUUAAGGACCUGAAGAGCCUCAUGCAGCUUAAUCUGGCUAACAACAUCCUGAAAAAGAUGCCAGCUGGCAUACCUAAUGGCCUCAUACAGCUUUUCCUGGACAGGAACCGCAUAGAUGAUGUGCCAAAGGAUUACUUUGAUGGCUUCACCCACCUGGCAUUUGUGAGGCUGAACUACAACCAGCUGAGUGAUAAAGGACUUCCCAAGACUGUGUUCAACAUAACCACCCUGCUGGACCUGCAACUGUCCCACAACCAGCUCGCUUCUGUUCCUCUCUUCAACGGGCACCUGGAGCAUCUGCACCUCGACCACAACAGCAUCGAGAGCAUCAAUGGCACACAGAUCUGUCCAUACAGUCUGGAGGCCGACCCAAACGAUCACAGCCUGGUGCCACGACUAAGGUACCUGCGAUUGGAUGGAAAUCACCUGAGCCCCCCCAUCCCUCUGGAUGUCAUCAUGUGCUUCAGACACCUCCACUCUAUUGUCAUUUAGGAUAACGGUGCCUUAAGGCUUCCCAUGAGUCACUGUGGGAAAAAUGACGUAAAGGCAAAGCAUGUGCAGAGGAAACCAGGUAUAACCAACUGCGUUAAUGAAAGUGGAAGAAAUAAAUGAAAAACUGUAAAGCUUUGAUAGACACAUUUUUUGUUUAUAGAAAUACAACGUAGAAUGAGUAAAGCCUGAAAACGCAGGUACAUUGACAGACAUGCUACACAAAUAGUUAUGUUCACUAGCAGGCCAAAAUAAAGCAUCAAGGACAACACGCAGAACUGCAGUGAAUGACAGAAGAAACAAAGAUUUAAACAUAACUACCAUGUAGUUGAAACUGUCUCAAAUGUGCCUGUGAUUUUCAAGGUACUCCAUGUAAAAAUGUCUUUUUAUUCCUUUUUUUAAUUAGUCUCCUGUAUAUUAUUCUUCUGUAUAAAUAAGCUUUGUACAAAUAAUGGAAAAUAAAAGUUUUUUCUUUUA